AUGAGUGAGAGCGAGGUUCUUCGGCUGCGAGCUGAAGUUCUUGACCUGAAGGAUCAGCUCCGCCUGCUCACUGAGCGUGUUGCUGCCUUAGAGGCCUCGGAAGGCUUCGAGGUUGUGCCUCCUUCCACUCCCCCUUCGGGUUUAGCUACCUCUUCGGGUUACUUAGAGCACUCCCGCCCUGCAGCCUCCUCACCUCCGGUCUCGAGCCCCGUGCGGCCUACCGACCUCGAGAGUGGGAAGGAUCCGCAGCGUGUGAGCGUGGCAAAAGAGAUCGGGCACUUCCCCCGCCGUGCCUACUCAGGAGGCCAUCGAGGAACCUCCGGUCGGGAUAAGGUUGCACUAGCCUCCCGCCUGUACAUCGUCCUGGCCCCUUACAGUGGUGAGAAGUACGCUGCUCCAAAGAUCUUCAGCUCCUUUAGCUCGGUUAAGAAUCUUUGCAAGCGAGGCCCAGACGCAGGCCGAAGCAUCUUCGUUGGAGUUCCCUCCCAGUGGGAGGCUGCCAUCGUUCUCCGCACAGCCGGCUUUGAUUGGCCAGAACGGGACUCGGGAGAGGAAGCCGAAUCUCGGCUCCCCGACCUGCGCGCUUUGGUCUUGUCGCGAUCGCCCCGAGCUGCUCUCAGCUACAAGGUUGCUGCUUUUCAGUGCCAGGGUGAGUCGGGGCUGCUUUCAUGCAGCCUGAUCCUUAUCGCCGAAGUCGAUGGCCAACUGCUUGUCGCGGUGCCCCACCAUGCCUGGCACCGGGUCACCAAGCGGUGCUACUUGCCGCGGGCCGUUCUGCUAAAGCCGUGUCAUGCCGAGGUCCUGGCCGCCGAUCCCGCAGAUCGUGGCUGUUCGCACGGCCAUUUCAAGGUCAGAGUCUGGAUGGGUUUGCUCAGUCCCGACUACGAGGAGUGUGUGGUAGCGAAGGACGAGGACGAGUCUGGGGAGCGAGCCUUCACUGUUUCAGGAUCCGAACAGCCGAUCCUGCCUUUCGGCAAUUCCCUCGCCUGGAUCGCUCGAGACCACUUCGGCUUUGUGUCGGCUGCAGAGGAGCAGAGCGAGGACAUCGCUUCACGGGUGCGCGGCUUGGAGAAUGCUAUUCAGGGGCUGCAAGGCGGUUUGGAUGCUCUGUUGAAGGAAGUUUCGAAUCGCAACUCUCCAGCUCCGCCCCCGCCGCUAUCUCCAGAGCCUCAGGCCAAGCUAGCAGCCAAGCCGAAGGCUCUUCCAGCUGGGCCGGCCUUGUCAGGGCUAGACCCCGCCGUGCUCGCAGCCGGAGUGCCCGAAGACCAGCUGCGUCUUAUGCAGCAGCUUGCGGCCAAGCCUGCAAAGCUAGGCGACGGGGCCAGGAAGGUCAAGACUGUGCUCUCGGAGUCGGAGGAGGAAGAGGACGCCGCCGACGCGGGCGGAAAGCCGGAGGCGGCGUCGGUUGCCGAGUCGAUUCACAAGAUGACCCAGAUCCUCAGCCGCCUCUCGAAGCCUCGCGUCAGCGGGAGUUUGGAGGACCUUCUGGACCGCGGCGAGGAGAUCGGGCUGAGCAGUUCGAGCAGCGGGGGUUCUUCGAAGUCGGCUGCCUACCUGAAGCUCGCGAGGCUGCUCAAGGAAGACCCUGCGAAGAUAUCUUCCUCGAUCCUCCGUCUCAUGGCCGAGGACUUUCAGGGGCAUACUGCGGCUCCCGGGCUCGAGGAUCUGACUAUGACCUCCCGAGCCUGGUUGGAACACAGGAGCAGGGUCCAGCAGUUUGCGGGUCCAGUCCGCUGGGGCUGGCAAACGGCGGGGGCCCUCGACGCGCUGCUCGCAGGACGCGAAGAAGAGUGCAAAGCUCGCUUGUGUUUAAUGUUGGCCGCUCUAGACCAGAGUUCCCUAGAUUCGGGGAGCUGGCUCCUCGCAGCCGAGAUGUUGCUCGAGCCGAGUCCCCCGCUCUCGAGCUUCAGUCGCCACCGAGCUCCCGAACCAGGCGAAAGUCACCAGACCAAGGUGAUGGAUCCUCGUUGGAUCAGCGUCUUGAUGCAUCGCAUCAAAGAAAGGGAAUCCUUCAUCGAAGCCCGCAAGAAGCUUUCUGCCCCUCGCGGGCAGCCGUCGACUGCGAGCGAUCCCGACAAGGAGAAGCCCGAGAAGCCCGGGAAGGGCCGUGCGCGGGGCGAGGCUAGCCCCGUGCGUGCCGACAGUCUUUGGACUCAGUUUUUCUCUGUGCUUGGGAGACGCCAACCCGACGUCUGUCGCAAGCUCGCGCUGAAUGCCACCGUGCUUGUGCUUUCUUGGUUGUACUGCGGCCAACCUUCUCGCGUGGGAAGUGCUGCCCCCCUUGGCCUGGGCACUCCUCUCUCGCUUGAGCAAUGGGCUGUGGUACGCACCUUGGGUCGCGGCAUCACGGCUUGGAACUCCCAGCCUGUCGUCGGCCCUGAAGAGAUGGGCCGAAGCGCUGCCAAAGUUGAAAGCUGUGAGCUCAUGCUGGAAGAGCUCUCUCGCUGGGGUUCUGAGGAAGUCUGCGGUAAGCUCAGUCUUGAAGCUGCGAGCCUCGCCCAGCCUGUCGAUGCCAGCCGGCUUCACUUUGUUGGCACUCCGUCAUUUGACCCUGGGCCGUACUUGGAUAGUUCCAGCCGGGAUGUCUACGAGCGGCUCAUUGAGGUCUUGGACGCUUGUGAUCGCUUGUCCUUGCUGCCUUCUUCGCGGGUGCGUGCUCGCCUGGUCAACGGGCUGUUCACUAUCCUUGCUUCCCUGCAGCAGCUUCAGUGGCUUCACCUAGAGCCAGGCCAGCGCCUCACGGCAUCAACCGAGGACCUUCGUGAAUUCUAUCAUGCCUUCAUCGUUGGGGCUCAGAGGUCGUGUCGGAAUGCGCUAGCCGUCUGCUUCUCGCCUAAGGAGCUUGCGCACCUGAAGUGCUUCUCCGCUGAUCUGCACGAGCACCGCUCACUGCAUCCGUGCCUCAAAACCUUGGCUAUGGGUGACUGCUCGGCAGUCGGUUUCGGGCAGGCUUCGCAUUUGAGCGUUCUUUUGAGGUCGCAGGCCCUUACGUUGGAGCAGUUUGUGACUCUGUCGGGCCGCCCUCCUCGCGAGGGCCUGAUCGCAGGCCUCUUGAUCGACGACCUGGCAGUUCUCGAAAAGGUCGAAGCCUCCGCUCCUGCAUCCUCGCACCGGGCUCCUGGAGUGAUGUCGGCCGUGCAUCAGGCGUAUGAUCAGGCGCGCCUCCCUCGUCACCCUGACAAGUCUGUGUCUCAAGCCUUGAAGGCAGAAUUCUGGGGGGGACUCCUUGAUGGGACGGAAGGGACCAUUCGUCCUAACCCGAAGCGUACGGUCCCUUUGGCCUCUCUCCUCUUGAAGACCGUUGACUGUCGUAUGGCAACACCCGAUCUUAUCGAGAUCCUCACCGGGUCGCUUGUGUCAGUCUUUCAGACCCGCCGGCGACUGAUGUCGCUCCUGGACAAGGUGUACUCGGAGCCGCGGGGCCUCCCGCCACGCGCUGUCUUUCGCAUUAGCUCGGAGCUUAGGGACGAGCUGCUCUGUGCCAUGGUCCUUCUCCCGCAGGCAUGCGUGGACUUUCGGACUCCCGGAGCCCCCGUCCUGAUCGCCAGCGAUGCCUCUUCUAAGUUGGAGGCCGCCGUGUCAACGCCGCUGCAUCCCGCGGUGUCCGUCGAGUGCUGCCGCCACGGCCUUCAGAAGGGUAUGUGGAGCCGACUUCUCAAGCCCCUUGAUGCGCUGCUGCGUGAGCGCGGAGAGCUACCCGACGAGGACCAUUUUUGGGCGGAGCCUACACGUUCGUUUGGGCCCAUGGACGUGCAUCUGUCAAAACUGGGGGUCCACUUGGACCAGCUGAGGGAGCUCCCGCCCGUGAGUGAUCUCUUUCCAGACGUGUCACCCAAUGUGCUGAAGUCAGACCUCGUGUUCACUUCUGUAGGACUCUUCAGGAACAUGAAGGCUGACGCUCACGUCGAUGCCAACAAUUCCAGCCUCGAGCCGAAUCUCAUCUUCGGACUGAAUAGGAUUCGGGGUGGAGGAUUGUGGGUUUGCUGCGAGGGCGGCCCAGACGUGCGUCGCUUCAAUGGCCGCGAUGUCGAGGGCAAGGUUCUCGCUCUGGGGCCUGAGCCGGUCCUUUUCGACCCUCACCGCCUUCACGCGACUGAAGACUGGCUAGGCUCUAGGUAUGUUCUGGUCGCUUACAGCAUCAACGGGCUUGACCGGGCCUCCCGAGAGAUCCAGGCUAGUGCUGUGUCUGAGUCCGUGUGCAGCGACUCUGCUGAGAGGUCGCAACAGCUUGUCCGGCCGCCGCCUGAACCUUGGACUGCUGCCAGAGGCUCUUCCGGAACUCUGCCCCCGCGCUGCGGGCAGUCUUUGAGCGCUGAGGCCCUUGCUGCCCUCGCCGCCUUUUCCCCUGGGCAGUUCGUUUUCUCUCCUGUCUUUCCUUCCCUCCAGUCCGCUCUGUCGUCCGGUCCUGGUUGGGUCGACUUGUUUUCAGGGUCUAGAAGCCUCGCUAAGGCCCUCGUCUGUGCCGCGCCAUGGUGGGUUUUGUGCUUUGACUGCAGGCAUGACUCAGAGGAAAACCUUCUGGACUCGGAGCUGCAAGCUACUCUGGUGAGCCUGCUCUCCUCUGGAGCUGUUCUGGGCUUUUCGGCCGACCCUCCCGCGGGAAGCUUUUCGACUGCGAACUCCAGUGCCUGGCGGACCGCCGCUGAGCCGUGCGGCCGUGCUGACCUUUCGGUCGAGCAUAGGCUUCGCGCAAGCAGGGACAACCUGCUCUGCGAUUUCUGUGCUCUUUUGGCUAACGUCGCCAUCGCGCAAGGACUGGAGUUUGUGAUCUCUAACCCGGUGAAGUCUUGGUUCUGGAAACAGCCCUGCUGGGCCGGGCUGGAGAGGCGGUAUGAUGACUUCUUUGCCGACGCGUGCCGCUUUGGGGCUCCCUGGCGGAAGCCUACUAGAUUUCGGUGCAGUGGUCAGCUGGGCGGCCAGAGCAUUCGAUGCAACUGCGCCCGGCCUCAUGUUCAACUUCGCGGUCGUUGCUCUGUUCGUGGCGUAUCCUGGACAGUUCUGGCUGAGCCUUUCCCUCGGAGACUUGCUCGCCUUGUCGGUGCUGCUAUUGCUCAGGACGUCGGAUUCUUUGACCGACACAGGCGCCUGGAUAUCUCCCGCUGCGCCAAGGCUGGAGCGGGGCGGAUUGGAGAAGCUUCUCAUCCAGGACCCGCUCGUUCGCAACCUCGGACUCCGGCCUGCCUGAGUGAAGUUGAGCUGGUCGAGCCGCGCACAGCUGCGGUCCGCGACAAGCAGUGGGCUGCCUUCAUCGCCUACCUUCGGUCUGAGCUGGGACGGGACGGAGUCGCCUCGACCCUCGAGGUGCCUGGGCUGUUGGUCAGCAUGCUGUGCAUCUACGCUCAGAUCCUGUACGAUGCCGGAACUCCUCUCUGCUACUAUAGGCAGCUGUUGGCUCACGCCCAACGGGUCGUGCCUCAGGCCAGACCUAUCAUGCGCCCGGCUUGGGACUUUGUCACACGGUGGGAGCGUUUGGAGCCCUUGCAGCAUCGCCCACCGAUUCCGGAAGUGCUGACUCGAGCUUUGGCUUCUAUCAGCAUCUCCUGGCGUUGGAAGCGGUUCGCCGCUAUCACUUUGCUCUGCUUCUAUGCGAUAGCCAGGAUCGGAGAGGUGCUAGCUGCAAGUCGGCGGGAUUUACUGACGCCCGAGGAUGCUUUGGACCCUUCUGGGAAGCUCUAUCUUCUCAUUAGGUCCCCGAAGACCCGACACCGUGGAGCCCGGAUUCAGCAUGCUACUGUCGAGGCCCCUCCGGAAGUUUUGCGCUUUAUUAUCGCUGUCUUUCAGGACUUGGACCCCGAGCUCAAGCUUUUCGGCGGCUCUGCUGGCGUCUACCGUCGCCGGUGGGACGAGGUGCUCCGAGCUCUUGAAGUGCCCAAGAACCUCAGACUGACUCCCGGCUCCCUUCGCGGUGGUGGAGCCGUAGUGGCUCAUAAGAGAGGAGUGCCUAUUCAGGAGCUUCAAUGGAGGAUGCGUCUCGGACACCAAAACACUUUGGCGCACUACUUGCAGGAGACGACAGCUGCUUCGGUGUUGCCUAGUUUGUCCUCGAGCUCUCGCAAAUCCGUCCUUGCGGCCGACGCCCUCCUUCCCUUUCUUCUUUCUCCUUGA